AUGACCUACGACGGGGCCAGUUUUUGCGCGGUUGAUUUGCACACAGCAGUGCCCAGCCCUGGAUCACCGCCCGGCAUGAGUUCCUCCAAAUCCUCCAAGACGUCUUCGCUACAGUCUUUCGGCUCAGAUGACGACAACAGCGUCCUGGCAGAUGUUGGCCACUUUGAAGAGAUUGGCUUGGACGACGACACGGUGACGAUAGACUCGGCACACCAACGCGACACCAGCCAGGUCAAAUCCAACCCGAACCCAUACAGUUCCUCCUACUCUUCCGACCUCCGCGCUCAAUCCACCAAGCAUGUCGGUCCCAAAAUACAUCCUACGCAACCUUCCAGCACCCGUGAGUUGGCGCGCCCACAGUUGCAGCGCAGUAUUACAGGCUCUUCGACCAAGGUCAAGCCCAAGUUCCCAAGCUUGACGACGCAGUUUAGAGACACAAGUACGGCCAACCUGAACAGCAUUGGCCCGCAACCGGCUGCCAGCACCCAACCUAUCCGUGGCCUUUCCGCCCGGUCCGCCUCGACCAUGAGCCAGAACCGACGACGCCGUAGCCCCAGCCCGAGCAACUCGGCCUGCUCAUUGAGCCCGCGAGAUCCCCACAUGGGCCCGAAUCUACGGCGACGAAGCUGGCAAUCUUCGCGAGAAAAGAAAAGCGUGGGAGACCUAGAGAGGGAGGCCGAGGACGACGAGGACGAUGACAUUCCCGACGGCAUGAUACUGGACAAUGUCCCCAUUUCGCCUCGCCCAGCGCGGGAGCGCACUGCCAGUCGGCCUGUCUCGGCAUCUACCUCACCGGAGCGUACCACCAAGGAACGAGUUCGCAGCGUUGGCAACGGCACACCGGCCGUCGCUGCCGCUCAAGGCUGCCUCCGUUCGCCUUCGUGGAAAUCCGAGGAAUCUUCCGCUGCAUCCGCAAGGUCGUCUAGCACCGGCCCUUCACCCGUGAAUGGGCGCGCCAAGUCAUGGACAGCCGCACAUUCAUACCUGAGCGCCGAGGCAAAGGCUCUCACCGAGAAACUCGAGGAGUACGCGGAUGUGGAGGAGAAGAGCGCCAAUGGUCGUCCAGUGCCCAAGCCUCGUGUUAAAUCCGCCCUGGCCGAGCUUCCGCCGCUCCGGCGGACCAACAUUAUGAUUGACCCGCUGCCCGUUUCCAAGGAGAAGGAAGCUGUCCUCAGCCGGACGCGGCCCAGUUGGCUGCCACCCAAGAAUCCCGCCGAGGAGAAGAGGCAUUUGAAAGAGUAUCAGAAACUCGUGGCGAGCUCAGUCGAGGCUGACAAGCGCCGCGAGCAAGCCCGGCUCCAGAAAGAGUUGACCAAGGAGAACAGAAUGAGUCAACUGGCACGCGUAUGGGAAGAGGACAUUCUGAAACGCUGGGAUGAUGCCAUUAGGGAAAGGAAAACCCGAGAGUCGUGGUGGAAAGGUGUGGCUCCCCGCUGCCGUGGGGCUGUUUGGGCCAAGGCAAUCGGUAACGAACUCGGCCUUACGCCUACGUCAUUUAAAGCGGCUCUCAAAAGAGCCCGUGAAGUCGAAACUAGAGUGGCCGAAGGUCAAGCCAGCAUCGAGGACGAGCGAAAGGCCGGUUGGUUCAAGAUGAUUCGCCGCGACGUCGAGGAGCGAACUUGGGUCGAUCUCAAGAUCUUCGACAAGGCGGCUCCACUGCACCAGUCGCUUUUGGAUGUCCUGUCGGCUUGGGCGAUGUACAGGAGCGAUAUUGGGUACAUCCCUGGUUGCAACACCAUCGCAGCUCUGAUCCUCCUCAACCUGCACUCGGCCGCAGACAGCUUUAUUGUGCUAGCCAACAUUCUCAACCGCCCGCUGCCUCUUUCAUUCUACGUCAACGAUCAGGGGGCCAAGUCGACCACCUACAACUUGCUUCUUCAAACGUUAGCCAAGAAAGCGGGCAACCUGCACUACCACUUGACGCGCCUCGCAGACCCCGAGGUAUACUUGGCGGAAUUAUUCACGAGUCUUUUUACGCAGCAUCGCAGUCUGGACGAAGCCUCCCGCCUGUGGGACGUCUACGUGUUCGAGGGAGAUUCGGUGCUGGUCCGAGCCGGUUUAGCUCUGCUCAUGGAAAAGGAGGGCAGUCUACUUGCGGCCAAGACCGUUGACGACGUAUGCAAGGUCCUCGCCGAAAAUCAGCGGCUGCAGAGCCAAGAAGGACGCGAGGACGAGUGGGUGAAGGCUGUCCGUGAAGCAGGCAAGGCAUAA